AUGACUAGGUUUCAUGGACUACAAACUCUCGACGGAGACGAGAAGCCCAAGUGGCAGCACCGAAAAGAAAGUAGCGGCCCAGGCUUGCGGCGCGCGCAGACGACGGCACCCAAGCAAACAUCGAAUGCCUGGCCUGCUCGGGAUGGCGAUUCUUCGACGGACAAUCCACCUGUCAUGGACACGUCCAACUGCAUCUCGGUCCAGGUUCGGUCGGCCGCCAUGGGCCUCGGGAUGCCUCAGUGGCUCAACUGGAGGCAUCCGCCAACGCCAGCACCAGCACCAACGCCAACACCAACGCCAACACCAACGCCAACGCCAACGCCAGACCAGCAAACUGGUCGACUGCCAGACACUCCCAUGGCACCAGCUCCGGCUCCCUCCCCGCUGUCGAUGGAGCGUCGGGUGAGGCGACAAGCAGACCUGGAAUCCGGCCCAGGUGGAUGCAUGCACCGCGCACCGGAACCACCAUACAUGCCGUGGCAGCCAGCCCAGUAA